UUGGCACUGGGGUCUCUGCUCCUUCUGGAACGUGCCCAAGGGACGAGUGGCUGGACCCAUGGCUGUCUUCUCAGUGUGAGCAGAAUCCGGGAGGAGAGGAACCAGGCUGGUUUGGGAGCCUGAUGGAAGCACCCCCAUGGAGGUCCCUGGGGGCUCUGCACACACAGCACUACGAGAGAAGAAAUGUCCCAAACCACCGGAAGGGCCAUUCCAGGGAAAGCCUCUCCCCACGCCCCUCCCCUGCAGCUCCGGAGGAGAAGGAGGUCAUUAGAGGCCAGUAUGGAAAGCUCACCGAUGCCUAUGGCUGCUUGGGGGAGCUCAGGGUGAAAUCCGGUGGCGCGUCCCUGAGCUUCCUGGUUUUGGUGACAGGCUGCACUUCUGUGGGCAGAAUUCCAGAGGCCGAAAUCUACAAAAUCACCGCCAUCGACUUUUACCCGCUCCAGGAAGGGGCCAAGGAGGAGGACCGCCUCGCGGCCCUGAGGAAGGUCCUCAACUCGGGCGUCUUCUACUUCUCGUGGCCCAACGACGGGUCUCGCUUCGACCUCACCGUCCGGGCGCAGAAGCAGGGCGAUGACAGCUAUGAGUGGGGGAACUCCUUCUUUUGGAACCAGCUGUUGCACGUGCCCCUGAGGCAGCACCAGGUGAGCUGCUGUGACUGGCUGCUGAAGGUCAUCUGCGGGGUGGUGGCCAUCCGCACCGUGUACGCCUCGCACAAGCAGGCCAAGGUCUGCCUCAUCUCCCGCAUCAGCUGCGCACGCGCGGGCGCGCGCUUCCACACCCGCGGCGUGAACGACGAUGGCCACGUGUCCAACUUCGUGGAGACGGAGCAGACGAUUUACAUGGAUGAUGGCGUGUCGUCUUUUGUCCAGAUCAGAGGCUCGGUCCCGCUGUUUUGGGAGCAGCCAGGGCUUCAGGUGGGCUCCCAUCAUCUGAAACUCACCAGAGGCCUGGAAGCCAACGCCCCUGCUUUCGACAGGCAUAUGGUGCUUCUGAAGGAGCAGUAUGGGAAGCAGGUGGUCGUGAACCUUCUGGGGAGCAGAGGCGGAGAGGAGGUGCUUAACCGAGCCUUCAAGAAGUUGCUCUGGGCUUCCUGCCACGCCGGUGACACGCCUAUGAUAAACUUCGACUUCCAUCAGUUUGCCAAAGGCGGGAAGCUAGAGAAAUUGGAGAACCUGCUGAGGCCCCAGUUAAAGCUGCACUGGGAAGACUUCGACGUGUUCGCCCGGGGCGAGGACGUAAGUCCUCGUUUUCAGAAAGGCACUUUGCGGAUGAACUGUCUCGACUGCCUGGACCGGACCAACGCGGUGCAGAGCUUCCUUGCGCUUGAGGUCCUUCACCUGCAGCUCGAGAGCCUGGGGCUGAGUUCAAAGCCCGUCGCCGACCGCUUCGUGGAGUCCUUCAAAGCCAUGUGGUCCCUGAAUGGGCACAGCCUGAGCAAGAUGUUCACGGGCAGUCGGGCCCUGGAGGGGAAGGCCAAGGUGGGGAAGCUGAAGGACGGGGCCCGCUCCGUGUCUCGCACCAUCCAGUCCAACUUCUUUGACGGGGUGAAGCAGGAAGCCAUCAAACUGCUGCUGGUCGGGGACGUCUACACCGAGGAGGCUGUGGACAAAGGAAGGAUGCUGCUGGACAACACGGCCCUGCUGGGUACGGCGGCCCCUGCUCUGUGGCGUGAAGGCACCCGCUGCCCCACCCCCGGGGGGCAUGGAGGAGGUGCUAGCCAGCCCUUCCACCCCUCACGUGACCCCAGCUGGCUGGAGGUGGACACUCCCGAGCUGUGUCGCCCAGAUGACAGCAGCCCAGCUGACAUAUUUGCCGUGGGGUUCGAAGAGAUGGUGGAAUUGAGUGCCGGGAACAUCGUCAAUGCCAGCACCACCAACAGGAAGAUGUGGGGCGAGCAGCUUCAGAGAGCCAUCUCCCGCUCCCAUCGGUACAUCCUCUUGACUUCGGCACAGCUGGUGGGCGUCUGCCUUUACAUCUUCGUGCGUCCGUACCACGUCCCGUUCAUCAGGGACGUGGCGAUCGACACGGUGAAGACGGGCAUGGGCGGGAAGGCGGGCAACAAGGGCGCCGUGGGCAUCCGCUUCCAGUUCCACAGCAGCAGCUUCUGCUUCGUGUGCAGCCACCUGACGGCCGGGCAGUCCCAGGUGAAGGAGAGGAAUGAGGACUACCGCGAGAUCACGCAGAAGCUGAGUUUCCCAACGGGAAGGAACAUUUUUUCCCACGACUACGUGUUUUGGUGUGGCGAUUUCAACUACCGCAUCGAUCUCACUUAUGAAGAAGUCUUCUAUUUUGUCAAGCGCCAAGACUGGAAGAAACUCCUGGAAUUUGAUCAGCUACAGCUACAGAAAUCCAACGGAAAAAUUUUUAAAGACUUUCACGAAGGCAGCAUUAAUUUUGGACCCACCUACAAGUAUGACGUUGGCUCCGCUGCCUAUGACACAAGUGACAAAUGCCGCACCCCAGCCUGGACAGACAGGGUGCUGUGGUGGAGGAAGAGGCAGCCUUUUGACAGAACAGCCGAAGAACUCAACCUUCUAGACAACGACCUAGAUGCUGACACCAAAGUCAGACACACCUGGUCUCCUGGGAUCCUCAAGUAUUACGGCCGAGCAGAGCUGCAGGCGUCUGAUCACAGACCCGUGCUGGCGAUCGUGGAGGUGGAAGUCCAAGAAGUUGACGUGGGUGCUCGGGAGAGGGUGUUCCAGGAAGUGUCCUCUUUCCAGGGUCCCCUGGAUGCCACCGUGGUCGUCAACCUCCAGUCGCCAACCUCGGAGGAGAAGAACGAGUUUCCUGAGGACGUGCGCACAGAGCUCAUGCAGACCUUGGGGAACUACGGGACGAUCGUCCUCGUCAGGAUCAACCAAGGGCAGAUGCUGGUGACUUUUGCAGACAGCCACUCGGCUCUCAACGUCCUAGAUGUGGACGGCAUGAAGGUGAAAGGCAGGGCAGUGAAGAUCCGACCGAAGACCAAGGACUGGCUGAAAGGUUUGCAGGAGGAGAUCAUUCGAAAGCGGGACAGCUUGCCCUGCGUGUCGCCCACGGCCAGUUCCUGUUUGCUGGAGGAGAACUUCGACUUCACGAGCUUAGACUACGAGUCAGAAGGGGAUAUUCUUGAAGAUGACGAUGACUAUUUGGAUGAGCUGAGUCAGCCUGUGGUCUCAGACAGUGAGCUGGGGGGGAGGGAAACACGCCUACGCUCCAGAAUAUGUCGGUGCCUCUCGUGUCUGAGCAACAAACCUUGUCCAGGGUUCAUUGACUGUCCCAAGCAGGCACCAGGUGUCCUCCCCCCACCCCCUGUGCCAGCACACGGGGACACCUCAGCCGUCCCGCAGAAGCUCCUCCUGGCACAGGUGGCUCUGUGCACCCCUCAGCCCGACCCCGACCCCCUCGUUCACGCUCCGCCGUGUCCUCCAGAUGAUGCCGACCUGGCGGAGUUAAAGCAGGAGCUGGAAGCUGUCGGGGACUUCCGCCACCGUUCUCCAAGUAGGUCUCUGUCGGUCCCCAGCAGGCCUCGGCCACCGCACCCACCGCAGAGGCCGCCCCCUCCAACUGGUUUAAUGGUGAAAAAGUCAGCCUCGGACGUGUCCAUCUCCUCCGGGACCCACGGGCAAUACUCAAUUUUGCAGACGGCAAAGCUUCUGCCAGGGGCGCCUCAGCAGGCGCCCAAAGCUAGGACUGGGAUCAGUAAACCUUAUAAUGUCAAGCAGAUCAAAACUACCAACGCUCAGGAGGCGGAAGCAGCCAUCCGAUGUCUCCUGGAAGCCAGAGGAGGCGCCCUAGGAGAAGCCCUGAGCGCCACAGCCCUGGGGGACCAAGCGCCCUCCACGGUGGACCCCGCGGCGGGGGUGGCCCCGCGCCUGCCCCGUCGGCCUGCCCCGAGAGUCCCCGCCAUCAAGAAGCCCACCUUGAGGAGGACCGGGAAGCCCACGUCACCAGAAGAACCGUUUGGGCAACAGGCUGCUCGUUUUACAAUCGAGCCCUUGGAGACAAGCCUCGAAACUCCUCCUCUAGCGACAGCCCCUCCUGUUCCCAAACCAAGAACACUUCAGCCGGGGAGAGAUGCCGAGAGGAGGCCAAGCGUCGGAAAGCCAGAGCCAUACGAUGCCCCUGCGGUGGCCACGACGCCCCUCGUGGAGGUCCCGCCUCUGGUGCCCCAGGUCCCCCCGAGGAGGAAGAAGUCGGCCCCCGCGGCCUUCCACCUGCAGGUUCUGCAGACCAACAGCCAGCUCCUCCAGGGCCUCGCCUGCGGCGGCAGCAACGGUCCCCCCGCACACCAGCCUGACGGGGGCGCUCUCUUUCCACCAUCGGCUUUCCUUGGCUCUGCGUCAGCAGCAAGCUCCGAGACCGAUGGCCCCCAGGGGACAAAGCCAGAGGCAGCCCCGGCUCUGGGUGAUUAUCAAGAUCCCUUCUGGAGCCUUCUGCAGCACCCUAAACUGUUGAAUAAUGCCUGGCUUUCCAAGAGCUCUGACCCCCUGGACUCGGGGUCCAGGCACCUCGAAAAGGCACAUACAGCCCCGCAGCAAGUCAGUGGUACAGCUGCCGAGGAGCCAUCACCAGAGCACAGGCACAAAGACUUCGGUCACUGGGUGGCAGUCAGUGACAAGGACCAGAGGACGGUGCUGCAGGUGUUUGACCCACUGGAGAGAACAUGAGUGGGGAGCACCGACAGCCGCCCUCCGCAGAAUGCGUGCCUUCUUCCCUCAGGCGGCCCUUUCUAGGGCAAAGCCCAUUGGCCUUGACCCCCGGUCAAAUGGGACAUCCAUUUAAAGGCACACUGAAACAACAUUUGUGCUCCGGUGACUCUGUGCAGUUCACAAAAGUUGUGUCUUUUAUUCAAUAAGAUUAUUACGCAGCCACCGAGAUUUGUUUCACUCCAGACUCGUGCGUUGUGAGUUUCCUCUCGGGGCUAUGGGAAACCGCCCGUUAGAGUCGGCGGGGUGGCUGUCAGGGCCGGGAACUGGCUGAUAAUGCCCAGGAAGUUCUCUCCCACCGAAUUUUAAGUGGUUGUUCAAUAUAUGUGUGUAUGUGAUUUUUAAAUUUUGUUUGUAUUUUGCAGAUUUGGAAUAAUGUUUUGGUGACUCACUUGGAGGUAGAUGCAUUAAGUAAGGGCUACACCGAGAGGUGGCAGGGACCACUAAGAGCCGUACCUGGCCCUCUGACAGCAGGCUAAAAACAUCAGAGUUGGACACAGCCAUGGGGUCGACGAGCGCACGCCGCUGUUUGUUCCCUCGUGAGCCCUCGUAUGUUGUGUGCGUCAAAAAAUAACCUUGCCUGUGAGGCGGCUGUGUCGACAGUGUUCUGGUUCUGAAGCAUAUACCGUUAGCGUAGCCUGAGCUUAAACCGGCUAGAGACCCCCGCACCCUGUCUCAGACGCCGCAUGUCCCAAAAGCUGCCAGUCCUGAGCCCCGGUGUGUGCCACUUAGCCCGGUUUUGAUACGCUUUCGAUCCCCUAUCAAAGGAAACCUUGUGGAUUCCUUUUUUUCCCUUAUGUCCCAUGCCUGGUAUAAGCACAAAUAUGAACGGCCCACCGGCCCACAUUCUUGAUUCUGUUAUAGCAGGACGAAUAUCUGCUUUAGCCUGGUCUGCCUGGCUAUAUAGCUUCAGGAAGCAAAAUGUCACAUGUCCCUAUAUAGCAUUUCUGGGUUUGCUUAUCUACAUGUUUAUUAGGUUUAUUUUUUUUUACCUAUACAUUUUCUAUACAUUUCCAACAUUACUUCUUACCUAUUUAAUCAUUUAAAAAGACAUCACUAUACUGUUAUAUAUUUUAAAACUGAGUCCAUUUGGAGCAAAUAUAUUUUUGCUGAUAAGAAAUUUACUGGCAGAAUCUGAGCGUGUCACAUACCGUAUUUGGAAGUCUCAUAGAAUCAUACAACAAUGAUUCCAUGCUCUACUCAGUGUGACUGGGGACUUCCUGCACUCAAUUCUAAUGGUCAGCAUGGCAGUGACCGUUUGGGGAAGACCACUCAUUCUACCUAUCAGACCUCUGGGAUUUCAGAGUUAUUUCUCAUCACCACUAUCAAGAUACACUGUAGAUUAUUCAAAUCGGGCACUCAAAAACAAAACUACCAUGUUUAUCUCAUUUCAUCUGAAAACUGAUAAAGAAAAAGGUAUUGGUGACCCAUAGAGAUAAACAGAAUACAUGUAGUUGACCAGUCAUAAAAGAUGGUGUUUCUGGCCCACAGUGACGAGGACACCUUCUGCAGGAAGCAUUUCAUGUCAUUUUCCUCUAACACAAGUAAACAACACAAUCCUUGCAAGGGUUAGGAGGAGAAAGCAAGCAAGAUGCGUUAGAGAGGCUUGGAGAAGUUUAAUAAUUUGCUGAGAUUCACACUGCUUCUAAGGGUACAAUUGGGAAUGAAAGCGAAGAUUUCUUAAUUCAAGUGCUCUUUUCUCUGUAACCUGUUUUCCUACCAAAAAGGAGGUGAAUUUGAAAGCAGAUUUAUGUAACCACCAGUCAGAAAAGCAGGGGAAAAGCAGAACCACAACGGUUGCUCACAAUGCUGGGAACAGGCUGCCUUUGGGGUUUCUUCUUCGUGCUAAAAAGCCAACAGCCGGUAAACGGUACAGAGAACAGAAUUUCAGUUAACAUGGCCGCUCAUCACAAGCAGCUCUUAAGAAUUCGAUGGUAAGAAAGCACAGAAUCAUGCCGACCUCGGGAGGCAGGUCACAAGAAAAGUUACAGGUAGUUUAACAUGAAGAAUUGAACAAACAUCAUUUGAUCGCGAGCUUUCAAGUUUAGUGAACAACACAGAGGGGACUUAGAGCUGAUACUGUGUCAGGUUCUCCCACCACUGUUCUCUUAAAAAAAGACAACUAGAAUCGCCUUGUUUUUAAAUCGAUGCUUAAUAGUCGGCGGGUUUCCUGGGUUAGCGGUGUCAGUCGACAAUGAGCCGCUGCCAUGCUGGGGGUUUCAUUCUGUGGUUUUGUAUUUUUAAUUUUACUUUGACGCUUCCGCACAGGGCUUUUCAUUGCGACCUUGCAGUUUAUUUCGUGACUUUUCUGUAAGACAUUACAGUUCACCGCAGAGACUCAUAGGCACAACACUUUACGAUUCCACAUUGUCUCUGUGACUCCAAUUACUAUAUUCCCUUUUAAAACAGUCUUCUCCAACUUCUUGCCUCUUUUUAAAAUUUGUUCCAGUAAAUGGCUGAAAUUAGGACAUCUGCCCAAGCAAUUCCCGUAAAAGUUGAACGUUACUGAAGUUCAAGACACUUAAUAAAAUUCUACCGACAUGUAUAAGCAAAGUAAUGAAUUAAAAUGUUCUCUUUAUAGUGAAGUGAUUUCAUCAGAAAGGAAAGCUGCAAAAAUUAUUUAUUGACUGACUGGCAAUUAAUAAAAACCCUGUAAUGUGUAUUUGAAGUGAUCAUUUGUACUGAAAUUGUAUAAAUAUACCUAUUAAAUAUUUUGUCUUUUUAAAAUUA